ACUCUGGCCCUGGUGCCCUCCCACCUUGACCUCUGACCUUGACCUCCAGGUGCUGGAUGUGCUGUGUUCCCUGUGUGUGUGUAAUGGCGUGGCCGUACGCUCCAACCAAGAUCUCAUUACCGAGAACUUGCUCCCUGGGCGUGAGCUUCUGCUGCAAACAAACCUCAUCAACUAUGUCACCAGCACCCGCCCCAACAUCUUUGUGGGCCGGGCAGAGGGCUCCACGCAGUACAGCAAAUGGUACUUUGAGGUGAUGGUGGAUGAGGUGGCUCCGUUCCUGACAGCUCAGGCCACCCACCUGCGCGUGGGCUGGGCCCUCACCGAGGGCUACAGCCCCUACCCUGGGGGCGGCGAGGGCUGGGGCGGCAACGGGGUCGGCGAUGACCUCUAUUCCUACGGCUUUGACGGACUGCAUCUCUGGACAGGACACGUGGCACGCCUGGUGACUUCCCCAGGGCAGCACCUUCUGGCUCCUGAGGACGUGGUCAGCUGCUGCCUGGACCUCAGCGUGCCAUCCAUCUCCUUCCGCAUCAAUGGCUGUCCUGUGCAGGGCGUCUUUGAGGCCUUCAACCUUAAUGGGCUCUUCUUCCCUGUUGUCAGCUUCUCAGCUGGUGUCAAGGUGCGGUUCCUCCUUGGUGGCCGCCAUGGUGAAUUCAAGUUCCUCCCUCCACCUGGCUAUGCCCCGUGCCAUGAGGCCGUGCUCCCUCGAGAGCGACUCCAUCUGGAGCCCAUCAAGGAGUACCGGCGGGAAGGGCCCCGGGGGCCCCACCUGGUGGGCCCCAGCCGCUGCCUCUCACACACUGACUUUGUGCCCUGCCCCGUGGACACUGUGCAGAUUGUUCUGCCUCCCCAUCUGGAGCGUAUUCGAGAGAAGCUGGCGGAGAACAUCCAUGAACUCUGGGCACUGACUCGCAUCGAGCAGGGCUGGACCUAUGGCCCGGUUCGGGAUGACAAUAAGAGGCUGCACCCAUGUCUUGUGAACUUCCACAGCCUACCAGAGCCUGAGAGGAAUUACAACCUGCAAAUGUCAGGGGAGACGCUCAAGACUUUGCUGGCACUGGGCUGCCAUGUGGGCAUGGCUGACGAGAAAGCAGAGGACAACCUGAAGAAGACAAAACUCCCCAAGACGUACAUGAUGAGCAAUGGGUACAAGCCGGCGCCACUGGACCUGAGCCAUGUGCGGCUGACACCAGCGCAGAUGACGCUGGUGGACAGGCUGGCGGAAAAUGGUCACAACGUGUGGGCUCGAGACCGUGUGGCCCAGGGCUGGAGCUACAGUGCUGUGCAGGACAUCCCAGCACGCCGAAACCCUCGCCUCGUGCCCUACCGCCUGCUGGAUGAGGCCACCAAGCGCAGCAACCGGGACAGCCUCUGCCAGGCCGUGCGCACUCUGCUGGGCUACGGCUACAACAUCGAGCCGCCGGACCAGGAGCCCA